UCAUUCUUACUCUCUAAAGUAGAGAUAGCCAGAACUAGAAGUAAAAAUAAUUCUAAUUCUGUUCAAACAAAAAUGUUUGAUGUCCGUCCAAAAACAGUGACAAAGGAAAUGGUUAAGUCCUUAGUAUUUGAUUAUAUUGUCAACGAAAUGUGUCCAUUAAGGACAUGUGAAAAACAGAGUUUUAAACGUUUGAUUGUUGGACUUACUGGAUCAAACGACACAAUUAUACCCAACAGAAAACAACUUUCAAAACAUUUAGAUUACAAAUAUGAAACAUACGUAUCUAUGUUAACGGAUUUGAUAGUAAAGAAUAGUUUUAUUUGUACAACAGCUGACAUAUGGAGUACAAACAACCGAAGUUACAUGGGAAUGACAUGUCACUUAAUUGAUGAAGAAACAUUUGUCCGGCAUUCAUAUGUCCUUGGAUGUAAACGAAUUAAGGGAAGCCAUAACUACCAAAAUAUUGCCGAAGUUAUAUCAAAAAUAACACAAAUAUACAACAUUGAACAUUCAAAAAUAACUCAUAUUAUUACAGACAAUGCUGCAAACUUUGGAAAAGCAUUCCGGGUGUACUCUACUUCUCCAAACAUUGUUCAAAAAGGAAAAAUUAAUGAUUUAGGUAAUUUUGAUGAAAAUAGUUCUGUUACUUCAAAUUCUGACAGUGGAUCAGACUGUUCAAAUUUUGACUUAGAAAAUGUAGAAUUCAAUGACUUGUUUUUAACUGCUGAAUCAAACACAAAGAACGAUGGUACACUUUGUCUACCAAGACAUAUGCUUUGUUGUGCUCACACGUUAAAUUUAAUUGCAGCAAGUGACAUUUCAAAAAUUUCUGAUAACAAUUAUAACAAAAUAUCCAAAUCUACUUUUACUAAAUUGACAAAUUUUUGGAAUUUAGCAAGUCGAAGUACCGCAGCAUCUGAUAAAGUGUAUGAUAUUUGUAAGUGCAAGUUUCCAGUUCCAGUAGUGACCCGGUGGAAUUCAUUAUACGAUGCAACCCAAAAAAUUUUAGAUCACAAAAUGAACAUAGGAAUAAUAUUUGAACAGUUACAUUUGCCCAAAUUGAAAAAUAAUGAGUGGGGGUUCAUAAAUGAAUAUUGUAAGGUUAUGAAACCAUUAGCCUUUUCAUUAGACAAGUUGCAAGGUGAAACAAAAAGUUUCUUGGGGUAUGUUGCUCCUACUAUAUUAGUGCUAAGAAAGUUACUGAUACUGAAUCAAUCUGAACAGUUAAUGUAUUGUAAACCUUUGAGUCUUACAUUAUAA